AUGCCAACCGCCAGCUUAGAGCAUAUUAAACUUCGCCAUAUCAAUGGAAAGAGUAAAAAAAAGGCAAGCUUUCUGGAUAAUUGUCUGUACAGUUCAGGCCCCUAUGAUGAGCCUUUUUGCUCCUCUGAAUCUCUGCACGCCGGUGUUCUGGCUGUCGGCUACGAUACUAAGCUAUUUAUAUCUCGCAAAAAGCAGAACCAGUAUGGCGUUGCCACUCAGGCUUGGGACCCCAUUGUUGAAUAACAGACCUUGUGCUUAACCGAAAUAACGACCGCAAGUAUGAAUAUAAAAAUAAAAUGUUUUCGGUAAAAUAAAUAUGCGAUAAUUC